AUGUAUUCAAAGAUUAUCGCACUUCUAGUGCUGAUGGCAGUAGCUCUCUGUCAAGACCAUCACCAUCACACAAUCUCCCUCAAAACUGUAGUGACGCAUGAGCAACCAAAGAAAGUAGAAUACCAUCACCACAUUCCAGUUCAAACUCAAGAGGUUCACGUUCCUCUGCAUCACGGUCAUGCGAGCUUACUUCAUCAUCAAAGUAAUAAUGUUGGGAAGAUUUAUCAUCAAGCUCCGAAGCACUACUUCGUUCCAGCCAAAGAACCCGCGCCUGUCCAUGAGGUGAUUGCCGCCGAUACUCCUGUGCAUUUUGUUCCUGUUCAGCAUCAUGUGGUACUGCCAGUUCCUCAUCAUGUACAACAGGAGUCUCAUAAGGAAACUCAACAUAAGGAGUCCCAUCAUGAACAUCAUGUUGAUUAUUAUGCUCACCCUAAAUACGAGUACGAAUACAAAGUAGAAGACCCUCACACUGGUGACAAGAAGUUCCAGCAUGAGUCUCGAGAUGGCGACGUCGUGAAGGGCGUGUACAGUCUGCACGAGCCUGAUGGUUCCAUCAGAACUGUCAAAUAUUCCUCCGACAAAAAGACUGGAUUCAACGCUGAGGUUUCCCACAAAGGCCACUUCAAACACGAGCAUCAUUACCACCACUAA